AUGGAUUAAAAUUAACUUUCUGACGCAAUUCAGAAAUUAGAAUUAUUUUUUAGUUGUCGUUAGUUGGAUGAUUUGGACACAAUGAGUGUAAGCGAUCCAUACAUAGUUCUAUUUUAAAAAACUAAUUAACACAAUUGGACUAAAAUAGGAUAAACAGAAUUAAUUUGGAACAAUUUAAAUCCAAAUUUUGCAACAUCAAUUAUAAUAGAUUAUUAUUUUGAAGUUCACCAAUAUCUUAAAUUGGAAGUACAUCACUAUGUUAAUCAACAUGAAUCAAAAAUAAUCGGAAUCGCAGAGACUUCUCUUGCAGCCAUAGCAGGAGCAAGAGAUUAAAUACUAAUGGCAGAUCUGUUUAGUCUAUAAGGAAAAAAAAGUGGAAAAAUUGUUGUCAAGGCUGAUUAAGUGAAACACUGUGAUGAUGAUUUAGAAAUCACUGUUUCUGGUUAAAAUAUACCUGACACCAGAAUUGGGUUUUGGCACGGUGCUUGUCCAUUCUUACGAUUCUAUAGAUUGAGAAAGGAUGAUAGUAAUCCGAUUUUGGUUUAUGAAUCUGAAUUUAUAAAGGACUCUUCAAAUCCUAAUUGGAAAACUAUAUAAUGCAAAUCAUAGAAAAUUUGUAAUGGAGAUUAUUAAAUGCCAAUUAAAGUAGAAGUUUGGGAUCAUAGAACAUCAGGUAAGCAUCUGUAUUUGGGAGAAACUACAUUCUGCAUUGAAGAACUUAGAGAUUCAUUUACAUAGAAUAAAUUAUAAAAAAAGGAAUUCAGAAAUAAAUAAAAAAAUAAUUCUCCAGCUGGCACAAUUACUUUUGAAAAAUUCAAUCUAAAAUGCAAAUAUACCUUCUUAGAUUAUUGUGAAGGAGGUUAAUAAUUGAACUUGAUCCUUGGUAUUGAUUUUACUGCUUCAAAUGGUGAUCCUAAGGAUAAAAAAUCAUUGCAUUAUAUUUCAUAAGAUGAAAAUUCUAGUUAAUAUUUAUAAGCAAUUACCAGUGUAGUUGAAAUUUUAAUAAAUUAUGAUCAUGACAAGAAAGUACCAAUCUAUGGUUUCGGGUGUCAACCUGCAUUCAAUUUAAUUAAUACAAACUAAACCUUACAUCUCUUUCCUUUGAAUGAUAAUCCAGAAGAUCCUGAAGUAUACGGAUUAGAUGGGAUCGUCUAAUGUUAUAGAAAUGCUAUUUAAAAGAUGCAAUUAGAUGGGCCAACAUACAUACAUCCUGUCAUAGCAAAGGCUAUGGAAAUGGCACUACAAAGUAAACUUAAAGGAAGCGAGAACUACUUGAUUUUAAUGAUUCUAACUGAUGGACAAACAGAUGAUUUAAAAGAAUCAAUAGAUGAUGUAAUAGAAUCAUCCCAUUUACCAUUGUCAAUUAUCAUUGUGGGUAUAGGAAAUGCAAAUUUCAAGAAGAUGACCAUACUCGACAAUGACGACAAUAGUAUGGUUAAUAGUAAAGGUUAAAAGGCUCUAAGAGAUUUAGUAUAAUUUGUCCCAUUCAAUCAAUUUAAACAUGAUUCAACUCUGUUAUCAAGAGAAGUCCUGGCUGAACUACCUAAUCAGUUGGUUGAGUAUAUGGAAUUAAUGAAAAUACCUCCUAAACCACCGACAUAUAAAAAGAACCUUCUACAAUAUCAGUAAUUUUAGUAAAAUCAGCAGAAUAAGGUUAACUGGCAACCCGGUAACACAGGAUUUGCAACUCAAAAUUAAGGGUAAGGAUUCGCCUAAUAAGGGUUUUGA